AAUAAUAAACUUCAUCUCAAUGUUAGAAAGAAAGGAAGAAAAAAAGAUUAAGAUGAUAUAAUGAUGAUGAAGAUGAAAAAGGGGCUUAGGGUGUGAGAGUAAUUUUGAUCAUUCGAAAGCCGCGAAAAAGUAACAUUGAUUUUCGUCAUAAAAAAACCUAACCCUUUUUUCACUUUUAUCACCGAUCAUUAGUUGAUCAUUGAUGUUGAUUCACUUUUAAUUUUCCAUUUUCAUUAUUAUCAAGUUAACGAUUAGAAAGUGAUAAUAAACAUUUCAGAUGAUUAACUUAAAUCAUCUUAAUGUUUCUAUCAAGGUUAAAAUUCCCAUUCAACUUUUAGCUAAUCUUUUUACAGAUAAUCUAAUGGUGAUGAUCCUUUAAAGGGAUUGGAUUUAUUGUUUUAACGGUUUAAAGGGAUUUAUUAGCUAAUGAUAACCUUUGAUAGUUGAUUAGAAAUAAGUAAAAUCAAUGUUAACUUUUACCUUCUUCUUAAUUGUGAUCAACGAUAAAACUUAAGCUCUUCCCAUCGAGAGGUAAAAAAACACACCAACCUACUAAUCAACACCAAUCGGUAGGCUGUAAAUUGGGUAAGACUAUUGAUCUGAUGAUGAUGAUGAUAGUAAACAAAUGAUGAUGAAUGAAGAUGAGAGUGAGAAUGCAAAUGUAAAUGAUCAUUGAUGCGAUGAUUGGAGGAGAUUUAAAUACCUCAAUGGAUUGGGACAACUUUUUCAUUCGACAACGUUAGUUAGACGAGAACAGGAGAGAGAGAGGAGAAAAUUGCGAAAAUCGGUAAAUUGUUUAAAAAAAAGUGAAUUCGAAAGUGAAAAUUUGGAAUCGAAAUUAAUUUUCCAUUAUGGUUUAUCCAUAUUCAUUUGUACGGUUACUUUUAACUGUUGGACUUUUAGGUUUUGUUGUUAGUGCUCAAAGUAGUGGAAAUCAUCAUCAUCAUCAUCAACAACAUCGUCAUCGACACCAUGGUGGUAAUCAUCAUCAUCAUCAUAACCAUCAUUUGGAUAAAAUUUUACCUCGAUCAUCAUCACCAUCAUCAUCUGAAGGUGAUUGUGGAUGUGAUGAAGAUGCUUCAUUACAACAUCAUCUUUCCUCAGGUAAAUUGUUGUCACCUCGAAGUUUAAAUCAACAAUUAAAACCAAACAAUUUGAUGAUGGAAAAUCUUGGCAAUUAUGGAUUCGUACCUCUUAACCUUUCACCUCCUCAUCCUCAUCCUCCUCAAUCCUCUCCAGCUGAUCAUUUGUUGCUACGACCUUCAGUUUCUCAGCAACUUUCAGCGCCAACAAUUGUUACCACGGCUGAAGCUCGACCUGCUCGACAAUUUAAUUAUCCUAAUAUGAGCCCUCGCCAGGCCAAAGUGAACGAAUACUUUUACAAAAGUGACCCAGGUCAUCCAAUCAUGUCACCUUAUACCCUGAAGGGUAAAGAUGGUCGACUUUAUACCAACUAUCGACCCGAUCAUCAAGUUCCCGAUGAACAUUUACCAUCAGCAGCGGCCACAGGUUCAUCUUCUCGUUAUGUUCCCGCUCCUUCAAGUUCAGUUUUAGGUCGACGAGUCGCUCGAUCAUUAAUGCCCUCAGAAAUGUUCAUGGGCUCACCUCAACCAGGAAUGGAAAUGGAUCCAAUUAAACGUAACGAUGGAAGUGAAUUAAUGUAUCCAAGUGACUUUGGCUUCGCUUCACCCGGUUCAUAUCCUCGACCUGGUGCUUCCGCUUCUGGUGUCCCACCACAACUUUGGAAUUCAUUUGCACAAUUGUCUCCACCCCAAUGGUCAUCAUCAAACCUUUCACCAGUUCCAGUUCGUUUAUCAGGAUUAACGGCUAACGGCUUAACCAAUCCAGGUAAUCCUUUAAUCCAAGGUUCAUCUCCAGUAAACUCUCCUGGUGCCAAUGGUGUCCCAAUGCCCGGGUCAACACCCGGAGGGUCACCAGGUUCCCCUGGACAGCAAAUGAAUAUGCACAAUUGGUUCAAUUUCCUUAAUCAACCUUUCUAUGGUCCACCAAUGAUGAACCCUUUCCAAACAAUGACCGGUAAUCCAAUUGAUCCUUCACAACAAUUACCUCAACCUUUACAACCUCAAUUACCCCAACAACUUCAACAACAACAGCAACAACAGUCUACAGGUAAUUCAUCAACUGAAAAGGGUGAGAAAAACACCUCAGGGGAGGAUAAUUCAAAUGAUGAUAGUGCCAAUAAACCAAAUAAUCGCCGUCAACGAUUACUAAAUCAACUCAACAAUUUAAGUCGAGCUCCUCUCGAAAAUAUUAGAAACUUUUUCCAAAGAGUAACAUCAACCACAACCACAGAAUCACCCAAAGACAAUGAAUCUUAAAAAUCUCCCUCCGGGCUCACUAAUCACACCACCAUCACAAUCACCACCGUCAUCGACAUAAAUCAUAGUAAAAAGUUAAGAAAUUGAAUAAAAAUCAUCGAUUAUCAUCAUUAGCGAUCAGAGAAAAACCAAACAAUCAAAUUAGUGUUUCCCUCUUCUUUUAACUGGCGACAAUCAAUUAACUAAUUGACUUAAUUUUUUAAUUGUUCCUUUUCAUUCUUAACAAUGUUACCAAUUAAAUAUCUGUUCUUUGUGCCAUGUAGCUUGAGUUAAUUAACUUCUAUUAGUUGAUUAACUCAGCAUUCUUACAUUCACAUUUUUCCUCUAUUAAUGUAUUCAUUUAAUAAUCUUAUUGUUGUUUUCAUCUUUUAAUUGUUCCUUGUCUACCUUAAUUGUAUUUCUAUGUGUUAAUUGUCACAAUGUUUUAAUUGUUUCCAAUUGUCUCGUUUCCUCAAAUCAAUUAACGUAUCGUUAAAACCUUAAUUGUCUUGUUUGUCUUUCCAUGUUUUUGUUUGUAUUUCUUUUCAUUUAAUUGUAUUAAUUUACCUUAAUUAUUUGUCUUCAUCAUAACAAUCAUCAUCAUCAUCAUCAUCUUCGUCGUCGUAAUUAUCACAAUCAUAAUCAUCAUCAUCUGAUUAAUUAACAUCUUAUUUUGUUUAAUUGUCUAUUUUUUUAUUUGUCUACAAUUUACUAAUUCAUCUUGUCCAAAAUAAUUGAGAUUUAAUCUCAACUGUUAAACUUUAAUUAACUAAUCGCAGUUAAUUAUCUUUGCUGUUAAUAUUAUUAAACAUUGACAACACUUCCUCUUAAAUCAAGUUAAUCAUAAUUCAACAAUUAAAUUAGAUCAAAGAUUCAUUUCCACCAUAAUUAAUCACAAUAAGAAAUUAACUGAAAAUCAGAAUAAAAUCCGAAAAAAUUAAACUGCCACUAAUCAACUAUCAUCAAUCGAGGCAAUUUUCAAAUGAUAAUAAUAAUGCUUAGAUAUUAAUUGUUGAUUCUUAAUGAAUGUUCAAAUAAACUGAUAAUCUAAAAAAAAAUUUAUACUUUGAACGAUAAAAAUUAAUGAACCUUUCGCUUUCAAUCAUCAUUGAUAUUGUCUAGUCGAGAUAAUUUAAAUCAAAAUGAUUUAAUUUAUUACGAUGAUUAGUUAACAUGUUUGGUUUUUUAAUCACUUUACAACGUGUGUGAUCAACUGUUAAUGGUUUCGUUGACUGUUUAAUGAACGUUCAUUGAUUAAUCCAUCAAGAUGUCGAUGAUAGUUGACUAUUAAUUGCGGUUCAAUGAUGAUCAACAAAUGAUGAGAGAGAGAGAGAGAGAGAGAGAGAGAGAGAGAGA